AAGUUCAGCAGGAGAAAAAAAGAGGAAGAGCGCGCGGCUGGGGCCCUGCCCAAACAGCCUCAUUAACAUUAACAACAAAGCAAAUUGGUGGUCUUUUUUUUCUUUCUUAAGGGGACCCUCAUCAACCAGCAAGAUUUCGCCCAAAAGCAGGCAGGAGGAGCGCCCCGCGCUGACCAGGCUCGUGGGCAGGAGGCGGCUGAUCGCGGCCGGGGUGCUCGGGGUGGUCAUGGUGCUGCUGCUGGUCGUGCUCAUCCCGGUGCUGGUCAGCUCCGCCGGCACGUCGGCGCACUACGAGAUGCUGGGCACGUGCAGGAUGGUGUGCGACCCCUACGGCACCAAGUCUCCCACCAGCACGGCCACGGCGGCGGACCCGGCGCGGGACGGCGGUCUCGUACAGUCGCUGCCCACCUUCAUCCAGGGGCCCAAAGGAGAGCCCGGGCGACCCGGGAAGGCGGGGCCCCGGGGCCCACCCGGAGAACCGGGACCACCCGGACCCGCCGGCCCGCCCGGAGAGAGGGGUGAACCGGGACGCCCCGGCUUACCCGGACCUCCGGGACCCAACGGCGCCGGAGCCAUCAGCGCGGCCACCUACAGCACCGUGCCAAAGAUCGCCUUUUACGCGGGACUGAAGAAGCAGCACGAGGGCUACGAGCUGCUCAAAUUCGACGACGUGGUCACCAACCUGGGCAACCACUACGACCCCGCCACGGGCAAGUUCACCUGCUCCAUCCCGGGGAUCUAUUUCUUCACCUACCAUGUGCUGAUGCGGGGCGGGGACGGAACCAGCAUGUGGGCAGACCUGUGCAAAAACAACCAGGUUCGUGCGAGCGCCAUCGCCCAGGAUGCAGAUCAGAACUACGACUACGCCAGUAACAGUGCGGUGCUGCACCUGGAGCCCGGGGACGAGGUCUAUAUCAAACUGGAUGGAGGAAAAGCUCACGGGGGAAACAACAACAAAUACAGCACCUUCUCUGGCUUUAUCAUCUACGCCGAUUAGGACAACACAGCCCCUUCUCCACCACCCCUAGAACUGCUCCAACCCCUGUCCUCCUCCUCCUUCCACUUGCCCCACCCACAACCCUCCAACCCCCACCUCAUUUUCCCUUUUAUAACCCCACCAGUUUCUGAGGCAAGUGACACACUCCCUCAUCCGCGCCAUUCUGGACCCCCAGAAGAAGUUGGUGAGGAUGUGUGCGUGCGGGGGGCAGCGCGCGAGAAGGCCGCCCUCCCCCGUGUCCUCCAAGUCUCAAUCCAGAACGAGCGAGAUCCAGUGAAGUGUUUAUUAUGAAGGACACGUGGAAGUGGAAGUGGAAGUCCAGCCAGCGAAAGGAAUGAGAAAAGAGCAGGACAAAAAAAAACAAAAAAUCAACAGGACAAUGUGCAUGCACACACACACAUGCCCGAGCGUGCGUACACACACACAAAAUAUUGCUCAAUGAAUCAGUAUUGCUCUCGCAGUCCCUCUGUGUCAAUCACCAAAGCGGUUUCUGUCGUCUCUGUAGCUGUAAAGGAAGUCUAAUCACCAUAAGAGACUUUUGAUAAAUAACAUGGAAAUAGAGACAAGCCCAGUAUGUGCAAUAAUGUUCAUUACCACAAAUGAACAAAUGGUUAUGAAUAUAAAUCCAAUACACGUUGCUUAUCAAGCUUUUUCAUCAUCCCAUCAGCUGCCAAAAGCUUGUGGAGUAGUCCAUAGGUUGUGAAUCAUGUAUGGUUCAAGUAUCAUAAUCAUAUAUCUCAAAUAGCCCUGUUGAAAUUAGUUAUUGAAAUUAUUAAUUAUAUGCACAGCAAGCCAGGAAAGUAAUCAGAACACUUAAUUGUAGAUAUUCAGUAUAUAUACAGCUCUGGAAAACAAAAUAAGAGACCACCUCAGUUUCUGAAUCAGUUCCUCUGAUGUUGCUAUUUAUAGGUAUAUGUUUAAGUAAAAUUAACAGGGUUGUCUAAUUUGUAAAGCACUUUAAAUGACCGUGUAUUGCCUUGUAUUGCCUUGCCUUGUUUUAUUCUUUAAACUACGGACAACAUUUCUCCCAAAUUACAAAUAAAUAUAUUCUCAUUUAGAAAUAUAUUCUCAUUUGUAGAAAAUGAGAAAUGGCUGAAAUAACAAAAAAAAAAACAAUACAGAGGUUUCAGACCUCAAAUAAGGCAAAGAAAACAAGUUCAUAUUCAUAAAGUUUUAAGAGUUCAGAAAUCAAUAUUUGAUGGAAUAACCCUGGUGUUUACAGUUUUCAUGCACCUCGGCAUGUUCUCCUCCACCAGCCUUACACACUGCUUUUGGAUAACUUUAUGCCACUCCUGGUGCAAAAAAGUCAAGCAGUUCAGCUUGGUUUGAUGGCUUGUGAUCAUCCAUCUUCCUCUUGAUUAUAUUCUAGAGGUUUUUUUUUUUAAAUCAAAGAAAUUUUUAAGUGGUCUCUUAUUUUUUUCCAGAGCUGUAUAUAAGAAGAUUUAUAUAUGUAAAUAUGUACACACACACAUCGUCAAAGAAAUGGUGACAGAAAUAGUUGAUCCCAGAAGGAAGUGUCAGAUUGCAAUGCUAUUCAAAAGGAAGAAAAACCAAGUUACCAGUAACAAUAAUAACAAGAAAUCAUCUUAUUUAUUCAUUUAUAUUUAUGGAGCUACAUGCUUUCGUAACACCGAAACAUGCCAGAUAUCCUAAUAGUGUCCUGCGAUAAUCCAUCUAUUAAUAUUCUCAUACAGGUCCUCACACAGAUUGUGCAGUAGGUGUGUUAUUAGAAGCACAUCUAAUAACAUUGGACACGUAUUUAGUCAGGGAUAGGCCUGGCAAGGCAGCUGGCGAUGCAAGGCAAGCUCUCCAGACAGCAGCAGUAAAUGGACGAGCAUUGUCCUGUUGGAACCUGCAGGACCUUAUUAACGUAACAAUGGGCUGCCAGAAUACCUGUAAAAAAGACCAAAGGUGAUCUGGCAUCAUACAAAAUUGCAGUUGCACUCCACCCUAAAACACCAAGCCUUCUGGACAUGUUACGCAUGACGACAAACCGACAAAAACUGUUUUGGUGCUGACCCCAGUGCUUCCACAUAUCAUUGCUGUCCAGUGAAAAACAUCUCCAAAAUGGGAACCUUCUUAAGUUCUAAAGGAAGUCAAUGUGGAGUCAAUUUCUAUUGGACCAUUAAUCAGUAUAUUUUUACACAGCAUAGAGGACAGUUUGUGUGUUUAAAUUAUGUAGUAAACUAAAAAUUGUCAGAAAUGGAAAUACUUGUUUUUCAUUGGACAGCGAGACACACCAAGGCACACCAAGGCAAAAGCUCCAUAUAGAUAGUCUGGUACGACUUCUCACCAAGUUUUGGUCCUGUUGGUUGAUUCCUUCUGGGUGCAACUAUUUAUUUGUAUAUUUU